AUGCGUGUAAAGAGCAUCAUGUCUAGGAGAACUGAGAAUGGAAACUCUCACAAUGUGACUGAGAGAAUCGAAGGAGUUGUUGGUGCUAUCGAGAGGGUGGUUGACAUCCUACACCACAAUGCUACGACUGGGCCGAGAGACCAACCCGGUCUGACCCAUUUUAUGCGCCACAAUCCCUCUAAGUUUGAUGGGAGCGUCACCCCUGACGAAGCAGAGUACUGGAUCCGUGAAAUCGAGAAAGUCUUCGAAGCAAUCUCUUGCCCAGAAGAUAAGAAGGUGAUUUUUGCAGCCUUUCUACUGACUGGAGAGGCUGAAUACUGCUGGAGCGGGGUUAAACGACUGAUGGAGACCAACGGGGAAGUCCCUACCUGGGAUAGUUUCAAACUCCAAUUUUUCAAACUCCAAUUUCUGGAGAAAUACUUUCCUAGAAGCGCAAAGUUCGCAAAAGAGAUUGAAUUUCUGAGUCUACGCCAAAGACUGAUGUCUGUGCACGAGUACGUGGUGAAAUUUGAUCAACUUUCGAGGUACUAUUCACAGCCCCUCCCAGAAGAAUGGAAGUGUCAAAAGUUUGAAGAAGGCCUAAGACAUGAGCUGAAGAAAGCCGUUGUACCAUUGAAUAUUCGACAUUUCUUGACUAUGGUGGAAACCGCUAAGAGGGUGGAGAGGCUGGAGACAGAUCCAGAGAGGAUUAUUAGACCUCAUAGAGGAAGCUCAUCCGGGACUAAAUUUCAAAAGAAGCCCUAUAAUCGACCACAUAGGCCGCAACAAGGACCAAUGAAGUGUUUUAAUUGUGGAGGAGCGCAUUUCAAGCGUGAUUGUCCUCAGCUCAGGGGAACAAAACCAUUUGUAAGGAGAUGCUUCAUUUGCAAUGAAUCGGGACAUUAUACUAACAUGUGUCCCAACAGGAUGACGAAUAGUGGACCGAAGCCACAAGUCUUAACAGGAGCGAAGCCUCAAGCUACAGGGAGAGUGUUUGCUAUGACAGGAGAAGAGGCUACUCAGUCAGGUGAGAGUGAACUGCUUAGGAAAGAUAAGGAGUAUGUGGGGUGUAAGUGGGAAGAGUUGGGUGUGUUAAAGUAUGAGUGCAAGGGAUGA